CAGCAUCCGCGAAGAGCUACCGUCGCCUGUCGAUUCGUGAUUGGGAGUAGUGGUUCUGACGGAUGUUUAGAUACAAAUUUGCUUUAUGUGAUGUAAAUAGUUGCUUGGGACUUGCGGGAUAAGCCUUGGGAUGGGAAAAGGAUUCCACCAUAAUAAUUUUCUUUCUGCACUCUUCUAGCUGAACAUGAUUUUUGUGACCGUCCGUUUGAUGCCGAGUAUGAUCCGUUACGUUUGCAUUGGUGCCGUUGAGGAGUCGACUGGUUUUGUUCUCGGGGGGAGAGACUGGGAAUAAUCACUGGAUGGUACCUUCUCAUCAAUGUAUCAUUAGAAUCAUGCCUAUGUCCACGAGAUGCUCAUAACUUUUCCAACCCAAACCCAACCCAAACCCAAAGCGCAAUACGCAACACUUAACACGCAACAUAUAGUCCUACCACCGCUUAGGGGCAUCCACCACCGUGCGGGAGAAGGAAGCACUGAACGUUUCCUUGUCCUUUUUCUUCUGCGCGGCAAUGAUCCCCGUGCGAUCCGUCACCGGCGUAGCAUUGAUGAUACUAUCAAAGGCCUCAUCCUCACUGCCCUCGGCCGAACCGGACUCGGCAUCCGAAUCCUCCAGCGGGUGCUGCGCCGCGGACUCCUCCGGACGCGCGAUCUUCCCUGGCUGCGGCUUAUCCGAAGCAUCUGGGUUCUGAAACACCUUGGAAUUCAGGAUCUUCGCCCGAAUAGCAGCCAUCUGCGCCUCAUCCUCCGAGUCAUCCGAAAUAGCAAACGGAUCUUUAUCCUCCUCCUCCUCUUCUUCCUCCGCUUCCCCACCCUCCUCCUCAUCGCCAUCCUCCUCGGAAUCCGACUCAGCCCGCCGAUUCGUAUUCCCCACGGUCCAGAUAUCGUCUGCGCCGCCCGCAGCCCGACUAUCCUCAUACUCGCGCUCGAUCUUGGCUAGCCAUUCCUCCUCUGCGCGCUUGACGUCCUCCUCGGUAGCGCAGGCGGCGUAGCGCUUGAACAGCUUGGCGUUGAUCUCCAUGAAGGCCUCGCCGUAGCGGAAGUGCUUGAGGACUUCCCGUGCCCAGUCUUCGUGGCCGCAGAUGCAGAAACAGGCCGCCAGGGC